CGCGGCUUUGGCGUCUUGCCGGAGCCGUUCUCCUUUUUUUGCUUAUGCGCUGUACGGCUCUUCUAGUUGGUCUUUUAGCUUUUGUUCUAGGCAUCUUCCUUCACGCUCAGUUUCCUACCAUGGCGGCCCCACAUGUGCUGAAGAAUCCCUUACCAAUCCUGACACGCCUGAGCACGCGAUGGCUCCAGGCAGGGCCCUACAAAAGCGGCGCGCUCCCCGCAGUGUCGAUGAGCCUCCUCAGCACCAGCAGUACCCCGUCCAUCUCUCCACUACCCCACCACCACCACCUCCACCGCGCCUUCAGCACCACCUCGCCCACCAUGGCCGCCAGCAAGACCUUCAUGGACGCCGUCAAGGAGCGCCGCACCUACUACGCCCUCAACGACAAGGCGCCCGUGUCUGACGACCGCAUCGUCGAGAUUGUCAACGACGCCGUGCUGCACGUGCCCUCGUCGUUCAACAGCCAGAGCACCCGCGUCGUCCUGCUGCUCAAGGAGGAGCACAAGAAGUUCUGGGAGAUGGCCAAGGAGGUGCUGAAGACGAUGGUGCCGGCCGAGGCCUUCCCGGCCACGGAGCAGAAGCUCGACAGCUUCAAGGCCGGCUACGGCUCUGUCCUCUUCUUCGAAAACCCCGUCCCCGUCAACGACCUCCAGACCCGCUUCCCCAUGUACGCGCAGCACUUCCCCACCUGGUCCGAGCACACGUCGGCCAUGCACCAGUUCGUGCUGUGGGCGGGCCUCGAGGCCGAGGGCUUCGGCGCCAGCCUCCAGCACUACAACCCCAUUGUCGACCAGAAGGUCCAGAACGAGUGGAACGUGCCGCAGGAGUGGGCUCUGCGCGCGCAGCUCGUCUUUGGUGGCCGCGCCGGCGAGCCCGGCGACAAGGCCUACCAGCCCCUCGAGCAGCGCGUCUUUGUCCACGGUAAAUAGAUGCGAGAUGUGCGGUGAGGGGGUUGGGUUUGGUUGUACAUACAUAGAGAGAGAGAGAGAGCGCGCGAUAGAGAGAGAUGGG